UCAUCAACAACUGUGUGUUCCCGUCAUCAGGAACACGCCUUCAUCAUCAAUUGUUCAUCUCCAAAUGGACAUUCAAUUGUUUUGAAACAAAAAUUCAUUUGAUUUCAAACAUUUAUUUCAAGCCCUUGUCCAAUUCAUUGAAACCCCUCCAGUCCAAGACUCGGCGGUUUUCGCCUACCCGUCAGCCAUGGCCCAUAAACGCUCCGAUUCCACUUCCUCGAGUGAGGAUCCCUUCCAUCUCGAGAAGUAUGUUUCUGCCUGUAAUCGAGCUUCGGCCUACGAGAACGCGCAGUCGCGAGAGCACACUGAGAGCCCGGCUUCAUCUUCUACGAAGCCCAUUCCCAUCGCCGGCGCUAAGGAGAAGCACACUAUGCGCCGAAAGAUCUCGGCCAAGUUAUCGUCGUUCAAGGACUUGUUCGGCAAGGAGAGCAAGGAUGCGAAGAACAAGGAGAUGUCUGAGGAAUACAUGGCGAUCAUGAAUAACGCUUUAAUGAUCCCUAAGCCUUUGAGUAUCAACAAGAUGCCACAAGACGCCGACCCCGGCAAUGCGACCGGCGAAUACAACGGCGAAGGAUCCGGAAGCAAUAGAAUGCAGGAUGAUCGCUACGCUCCCCUUGAACCCUUUUCCAGCUUUUAUGGUUCGGACGACAAGCCUCUUCCUUUAAUUCCACCCUUGCGAUCGUCGAACCCUGACGACCUCGCGGCCGAGAUUGAUAACGCCCUCAGCGAAUUUCGACAAUUCGAGCUUAGCCCUAACGUUACAGUCCAGACUUCGCGUCUCCCUCCCCACCAAAACGGGUUUAUCCAAGCCCGCAAGGCGCCUUCUCUUCAGGAUAUCAGUCGCCGACAGGUUGAAGCAGUAGCUGCCGGUCGCCGUCCCCGUUAUCCACGCUACGACCAUGUCCUCGAGGAGUACAUAGAACCAGGUUCGGACGACUCAGAGGAUGAUACACUUCCAUUUCUAGACGUGUACACCAGCCAGGCAGCGUUGCAGGCAGAAGGCCACCUGAACUCAUCCGAGUUGGCCGAGCGAGAGUUUGAGGGCGCCGCGGAGGACACCCCCAAGGAGAUUAUGGAAGACGCUAUGGAGGACGUUAUGGAGGAUACCGCGAAGAGCACCGCAAUUGACUUAGGAAAGAACACUCCGUCGCCCGUCAAAAGUCGCCAGAGAUCCCCGACACGCAUUCCUGUUCCGAACAGCAAGCGACCUGCCACUCCGGUUCGCCGCUAUCGCUCGUCUAUGCACAUGUGUGACCAAGAGCCUCUCAAGCUUAACACUCAGACGCUACUCGAUCCCCCGUCUCCGCCGGCCCACCAGCCUCAGCUACCUCCGAAAGAAAUCAAGGAGAAGCCUGCGUCGCCCACCAAGAUCCCCAUUAAGGCUUUACAGAACCCUCUACUUCGAUCAGCUCUUCCGAGAUCACAAGGCUCCCGAGGAGAUCUUAAGGAACUGCGAAAGAAGCGCGCUGAAUCCGCUAAGAAGCAGAAGGAGGUUGACGAAAUUGUGAGAAAGGCAUCAGCUAUGUCCCAGGCCGCAAGCAAGCUUCAAGAGGCAGAGAGCGCCGACGAGAACGCUCAGACUUCCGCCGACACCGAUGGUGCUCUACCUUCUCAGCCCCAGCAAUCUGGUGGUGACUCUGACAACACCGAAUCGAAUGUCAGCGGUCUCACUUACGAACAAGCUGUGGCGCAGUUGGCCGAACUAAACAGGGCAUAUGCGGUCCUGGAGAGAGCACAUGACUUUAGCACUGAUGCUAUAGCGUUGAUCGACAGAAUGGACCAAGUGCUGGCAGACAUGGGAGUUCCUGGUCCUGACGAGGUUAUCGAGUCCGAUCCUGAAGACGCUCCUCAGGGUGCCUCCAAGAGUGGCCCCAAACAUUAAACUACCAUAACGGCGCUAAGGGCGAAUCACGCCUAUAUCGUCACCUUUUGGAAGUUGUUUUCAUUCAUCCGGCGUAAGAUGGUUGGGUUUUCAAUUCCGGUUUUCUAAU